AUGGGGCGAUUUGAGGAAAAUGUUUGCAUGCCGAAGGAAGUUUUUGUCGCCUUGUGUGAGACAUUAGUAAAUGAUUUUGGGUUACAAGUCCCGCAACGUCCACAUGGCUUAGCUGUUGAAAAAAGUGUUGCAAUGUUUAUCCAUGUGUUGAAAGGGAAGCAAAAUCGGGAAAUUCAAGAACGGUUCCAACAUUCGGGAGAGACUGUGUCUCGGCACGUGAAUAAUGUAUUAACUUCCCUAAAAGCGUUCACUGUAGUUCAUUGCCGCCCCACAUACAGUCAGCAUCGUAUACAUUCAUACGUGCAAUUUAGACGAAAAUACCUACCGUUCAAGGACUACAUUUGCACAAUAGACGGAACACAUGUAAGUGCAUGGGUUAUGGGACCAGAUGCGGCAUCAUAUUUCGGUAGGAAAUACUGUCACACGCAAAAUAUCAUGGCCGCAGUGGAUUUUGACAUGUGUUUCAUAUUCAUUUCGUACGGAUGGGAAGGAAGUAUGCAUGAUAGUCGCAUAUUCAACGAGAUACUAACGAAUGACAAUGUGCCAUUCCCACAUCCUGACGAAGGCAAAUAUUAUCUUGUCGAUUCUGGCUAUCCAAACCGGAUAGGUUACUUAGCACCAUUCAAAGGCCACCGUUACCACCAACAAGAAUUCCGACGUAUUGCACGGAACACAAUGGCAAACACGCCAAGGGAAUUAUUUAACAAAGUUCACUCGUCAUUACGCAGUGUGGUGGAACGCACUUUCGGUGCUUGGAAAAAUCGAUGGGGGUUUAUUCCAGACAUGCCCCACUAUGACUUUGCAAAUGUGCAAGUUUAG